AUAUUUUAUAUCUUCGAAUUUUCCAUCUCAGAUUUUCUUUUCAGUUAUGCUGAAGAUAAAGUUUGCGAACUAACUCGUGAUAAUACCCAGCAUUUAUUUAAUGGAAUUUGGAAGUUAGAGCGAUUAACAGUUGAUAAUGUUGUCUGUUUGCCUCUGCCAGUGCUGAGGAUUCCUCGUGAAAAACCACUUCCUGAGAAUAAACCUUUAACAAAAUGGCAGCAAUAUGCCCAACAGAAAGGGAUUCGCCAGCGAAAGAGAGAUAAAAAAUUUUUUGAUAAAGACACAAAGGAAUGGAGGCCGCGUUAUGGAUACAAGCGAAGUCGAGUAGAGAAGGAAAAAGACUGGUUAAUAGAAAUUCCUGAAGGAAAAGAUCCUAUGGUUGAUUAUUUUGCUGAAAGAGAAAAAGAUAAGCAAGAGCGGAGGAGCAAAAAUGAACUACAGAGAUUGCGAAACAUUAAGCGAAGCCGUCGAUUUUCAGACGAGGUUAUAGGCAACAAACCGUUAGGAAUAACUGUAGAAUUUAACGAUCGUGACAAACAUCAGCUUUUAAACCAGUUGGACCGAGCAAAACGUGCUACUGCAUCAUUUGGAAAAUAUCAACCGAAUUUGAAAAGUGAAAAACAGCAAAACAAAAAUUAUACUACUCAUAAGGUUUGUGAAAUAUUACUUAUUAUUUAUUAA